UAUUUCCUGUCUUAUCUUCCACAGACAUGCACCGAGAAAUCAGGACAGGACGGGUUUCAAAAGAAAAUCCACAUUUAACGUCCAUAAACGCGUUAGCAAAACACAGGCUUUCAAAAACACUAUAAGCGUGUGUUAUUGAAAAGAGAUGAAAAGUGAGGAUCAUAGGAGCAGAUGACAGGGUUCCUUCACUUCCUGAUGGCGAACAGCGAUCACAUUUGUUUCAGGUUUUUACGGGAAGAGGAUGCAGAUGUUCUGAGGAUCCGCCGCGGUUCCAUGAGUCCAGAACCGGAGAACAAAGAGAAAUGGCUCAAGAUGUCUUAUGAGGCCGAGAAAACUUGCCUGUUGGCUCCACAGGAAUCACAAACACCAUGUGUCUACCACACAACUAAUGAGAAAUAUGAAAUCCCAGGAAUGGGAGACGACAGUGUUUUAGAGAUGCUCAGCUACUCCAAAUUCUCGGAUCUGGAGACGUGGCUCUGUAUGCCGUCUACUUUGUUACCCAGAAGCAGGGAUUCGGUUUGCUCCUUGCCACCACCAUCCCAUGAGAACGGCACUGCCAACACAGACAGAGAAUCCAGGCCCCCGGAGAACACGUCUAUCAAUCUGAGCCAGUGCCAGGAGAGGAAAACCCAUCUAUUGCCAUCCUCACUGCUCAUGCCAGUCUCAGCCUCCCCUACAUCCUCAACGCCCCUCCGGACCACCUCAACUCCUCUGCCCAAACCCACUAGAGACUCCGGUCCGGGCGGUGUGAGUGUUCGCAAACGCCGGCGUCUGGCUGCUAGCCCUGGAGGACUGCACUGGGAUGCAUCAGGAUCAGUGCUGCGUGACCAUGACCGAGGGGAGACGCCGUCACUGUCGAAAGUGAAGAGCUUCCCUAGGACUGUAGAUUCGGAGAGCCUGGUUCCAGAGCUUUGGAGGGACCGAGUGCCACUUAGGAAGACCAUAUCCAUCGAUGAUCGCCUUCUCCAGCAAACGCCCAGAGAACAUCACAGACUCCUCAGCCGACUGGAAAGAGGCAAGAAGAAACUCAGGAACAUAAACAGUCUUGGAGCCACCGGCAGAUACGAAACCCAUAAAAAAUCCGACAGCAGGAUCUCCCGUCUGGCUCAAAGACUCAACCAGAGGCAGAGCGAUGCGGCAUUGAUUAAGGAUUUCAGACCUCUUUUCCUGCUCUCUGGAUCUGCUGGAAGCUCCCAGAGUCUGGACAGGAACUUCUCCAUCAGUAUGAGCCAGCAGAUGCAGAACCUGCAGCUGACGCAGAGCAAGAAGGGGGCUGGUCCCGCCUCCCCCAGCGCUGCCAAACGCCUCUACCGGAACCUCUCAGAGAAGUUUAAAGGGAGCCACUCAUCCUUCGAGGAUGCCUACUUUUUCGGCCGAUCCGACCGUAUCCGCAAAGUAUCAAACAUCCAGAGCAGUGAGGCUCUGUUCGAGGCUGUUGAACAGCAGGAUCUGGAUGCCGUUCAGAUCCUGCUGUUUCAGUACACAGCUGAUGAACUGGACCUGAACACCCCCAACAGUGAAGGCCUGACGCCUCUGGACAUCUCCAUCAUGACCAAUAAUGUCCCCAUCGCCAAACUGUUGCUUAAAGCUGGAGGAAAGGAGAGCCCUCACUUUGUCAGUUUGGAGAGCAGAGAUGCUCACCUCUCAGCACUGGUCCAGGAAGCCCAAAGGAGAGCCAGUGAACUGUCCAACCAGGUGAUGAGAGAAAGUCUCAGCUUGGAAACGUCUGACAAAGAAAAACAGCUCAAAGCUUGGGAGUGGCGAUGCAAACUUUACAAGCGGAUGCGCACAGGAUUCGAGCAUGCACGGCCGCCGGAGGCUCCAUUGAUGGUGCGCCUGAGUGUGACCGGCAGCACGACUCUCACUGUUAGCUUUCAGGAACCUGCCAGCAUGAAUUCAGCUGUGGUGACCAAAUACAAAGUUGAAUGGAGCUGUCUGAAGGACUUCUCUUUAUUAGCCGGAGAGCUGAUCCUUGAGAAUCUGCAGUUCCUCAAAUGCACAAUUACAGGCCUCACCAUGGGUAGACAGUACUAUGUUCAAGUCUCAGCUUACAAUAUGAAGGGUUGGGGUCCAGCACAACUCUCUCAACCUCCUUCAGCUGUUCCCUCCAACUGGAAGGACUGUGAUGGGAGAGAGAGCAGGAGGAGAGGUCACAUUGAGGCCAUGGAGAGGCUCUUACAGCAGGUUCGAGCCACACACCAGCACUACUGCUGUGGAGACACAUCAAAGUUGCAGAAUCCAAGUCGUAAACAGUCUGUGUCCCGGAGCCUGAAACACCUUUUUCAUUCCUCUACGAAAUUUGUCAAGAGUCUCAAAAGGGGAGUUUAUAUAGCGUCAGUAUUUUACCAUAAGGACAGUCUGCUAGUGACUAAUGAGGAUCAGAUCCCCAUAGUGGAGGUGGACGAUUCAUACAGCAGCUCCCUCAUGCAGGACUUUCUGUGGUUCACCAAGCUUUCUUGUAUGUGGGAGGACGUCCGGUGGCUCAGACAGAGCCUGGCAGUCUCCACCUCAUCCUCUUCCACUCUGCAGUCCAGACAGAAGAUGCUGGCGGCCGCGGGACAACUGCAGAAUCUUCUGGGCACUCACAACCUGGGUCGAGUCCAUUAUGAGCCCAUUAAAGAUCGUCACGGGAAUGUGUUGCUUGUGACGGUGAGGGAGAUGGACAGUCUUUACUCCUUCUUCAACGGGAAGUGGAUGCAGGUCUCCAAACUGCAGAGUCAGAGAAAGUCCCUGUCCACACCUGAGGAACCGUACGCCCUUGACAUCCUCCUCAUAACCAUACAGGACAUUCUGGCGUAUCAGAGACGGAGUCAGCACCGGCUGUCCUCUGGCCUUUAUCUGGGUUACCUGAAACUCAGCAGCUCUGUGGAUCAGAUCAAGGUUCUGGUUCCUCAGCGGAUGCCCAACAUGCUUUGCCACACCAAAAUACGAGACAACUGGAACGUGUCAAGGGAUGAGUGGGAAUGGCUGCAGUCACUGUCUGGCCCUGUGGAGGUGGAAAGAGCAGAUCAGGCUACAGACUGCCUCCUCUUCUCUGAGCUCCAGACAGCCAUUAAAAGUCUGCUGCACCAGAUUAAUCUACCUCUCCACCAGGCCAAGCACUUCCGUCUCUACACACACGAGGUGCUGGAGCUGGGUCACAAUGUGUCCUUUCUUCUGCUGCUGCCUGCCUCAGACGACGUCUGCUCUGCCCCGGGACAGACCAACCCCUACACCCCACACUCGGGGUUCCUCAACCUCCCUCUUCAAAUGUUUGAGCUCGUUCACUUCUGCUCGUAUAAGGAGAAAUUCAUCAGUCUUUACUGCCGGCUGUCCUCAGUGCUGGAUCUGGAUGCUCUGAUUACCCAGCAGGCUUUUAGAGAGGCCAUCACUGACUCAGAGGUGUCCACUGCCAAACAGAGGCACCAGCACAUUCUGGAUUACAUUCAGCAAUUGGACGAGAUGUGGCGAGACGUCCGCUGGAUCACCAAUGCACUGCAGUACGCCCGCUAUAAACAGCCUCUCGGUUGGGUGCCGAUCACCUGGCUAGUAGAUGUCAGCGUGGAGCCUCCUGUCCAGAAGAAUGACUCCACGUCGUCUAACACAGACUACGUGCCCACUCCCUCGCCCUCUCCAGAAAUGAGAAGAAGAAAGCCCACUAUUGAGUCCCAGCCAGGCUCGGAUGAAGAAGGCUGCUCAGAAGUUUUCCUCCCCACAGACAGCGACUAUGACUCCAGUGAUGCCCUGAGCCCUCGAGACCUGGACUUAGUUUAUUCCUCAGCCCAGGAUCUCUCUCAUCAGGCAGUGCAUGUCCUCAGCGGCAGCGCUCCCGAUGUCCUCCAAAUGCACGAUCUUAAAUACAGCGUCUGCUCCAAGUCGAUCCUGGAGACUGAAUCCUGCACAAAAGACAUGGAGGAUUUAUCCCUCUCCUCUUACUCCGUGAAGACAGCCGACAAACCGCCCCGCUCCAAGUUCCUCGCAGAUCCCCCAACAAAACGCAAGCUACUGUCCAAAAGCCAUCCUCAGAGGAGUUAUUUCGGUGGACCGCACCGCUGGCUCCGUGUACAGAGCGAAAGCCACACGCCGUCACUAUCCGAAGGUAUAUACACUAGACAGAGCGAUAUCGACCUCCCGCUGGAGACGCCACUUUCAAUACCGCACUCGCCCACUACCUCCUACAGUCUGGAUGAGUACAGGCAGCCCUACAGAGAAUCCAAACCCAACGUUCGUAGAAUAUUUGUAGAGUCAUGCAGCAAGACUUCACCCUGUAGAGAUGCACCGCAUUGGGAGGAGGAGGAGGAGAAAGGCUCGCGAGGAGCUACAGCUUCGGGGGCUCAUCCGGGAUACAGCUCAACAUCGGAAGCUCAGGACGUGGAUUCAGAUGAGCAAACUAAUGAACAAGUGUCGGAGAUCCUCAGCAGCACUCUUUAAGACAUCAUGUAGAUGUGUGGGUCUUCUCACCACUUCAGUUGCCUCCAAAACUCUCUCCAACUUGCACACUUGACCGUGAGUAAACACUUAGGCUAAUCAAUUCUUGCAUCCUCUUUGUGCCGAGGAUGAAGUUGCUGGUCAACUCAGAAAUCAUGGCUCUGACUGUUACAAUGUUCAUUAUUAAUGCAACGUGAAACAAAGCACUGCUUUUUCCUCAGAACUUGAAAUUUUCCACAGUGAAUAGAGCCCAACAGCGAGCUGACGCUUUUUUAGCAGCCCUUUGUUCUGAAUGUAUUUUUUCCCAUUUGUUUUCACUGUAGGGGUUUCAAAGGUUUUUUUUUUUUCAGACUAGCAACUUUGAAGUCAUGAACAAAGCUAAAAACAGCUCAGAAUUUUAAAAAUAUUGCAGCUUUUUGGUGAGACUGUGCAUUUAAAGUCUCUUUACUAUUAAAUGAUGUACUCAUUACUCGA